AAUCGCAAGUGAAAAUCAAGCAUGAGUUAUCGUUCUUGAAUUCGAAAAUGCUGUGACGUCAUACAUGACAAUCGCCGAUCCAUCAGAAACUUCGCAAUGUCGCACGAAUAUAACUCCGAUUGUAGCGACCAUGACGAAAUCCCAGAGGUGUCAUUCUCUAUAAAUAUCAACCCAUAUAUGUAUGAACCCGAGACAUCGAACAAUGACGAUCAUGUCGACUCAGAUUCGUCAGAUUGUUUUGAAGAACUGAAUCUCAGCGACCAGAGUGAUGCAGACACCGUGGCUUCCGAUCAACCUGUCGGAGAAUGGUGCUCUUGUGGCAUGUGUUCUCAUAUGCCUACUGAAGAGGAAAGAAAAUGCUGUCAUGGUAUGAGCAUAUUUGAAGAAAAGCUGGCCAACAUUGACUGUAUCACCCAACAUGAAGGGUUUAUUGCAAAUUGUCUAAACUUGCAUGUACUGGAAACAUCAUAUUAUGAAUAUGCCGAUACACAUGGCCCAGGAGCACAAGAGGACAUUCACAGGAUGUAUCGUUUUGUUGCAUACCGCCGCUUUAUCAGGUGGACAUGGAAAGUUCUUGGAAAGAAAAAUCGACGGGUCAUACCAGCAUGUGCUGUGUCUGCCAUACGGAAACAAUUUCCAUCAGAACAAUACACUGGAUUUAAGUAUCCUCGUUUCUGACAUAACUGGUAA